AUGGGGUAUCCGCAAAAAUCUCAACCUUUCGCCUCCGCCGCUGAUCUCACCUCCAGCCAAGAUGAUCUCCAGGGAAAGUUACAGGAUAUGGAGAAAUCUCUGGGCAAUGUAAUAUUGAAAACCCAAAAGUUCGAAUUGCAAACAUCAAUAUUGGAGCCACUUCGCGCCAGUAGUGGUAUUCCCGUUCAAUCUGGCAGUCCCCGGCCUAUGAUGUCUUCUGCCGCCGCUGAACUCACCACUGCUCAAUACCGUGCCUUGACGAAGUUAUCGGAGGUGCUGUCCGCCCAGCUUUCUGCACAGCUGUCCGCCCAGCUUUCUGCACAGCUGUCCGCCCAGCUUUUUGCACAGCUAUCCGCCCAGCUAUCCGCCCAGCUCGAUUCGCAGAAAUCAAUAAUGGAGGAGUUUCGCCUAAUACGCGCCAGUAAUGCUAUCAACUUUCAAUCCGAAAGGAAGAAGACUCCAAAUUUCACUGUUCCCGACCGUGAGCCCUUUAAUCCUUACCCAACAGGAGGUUUUGUAUCUCUUUGUUACCAGUCAGUUCACAUGUGUUACGUAUUCUUGAAUUUGAAUUGGAUUAUACCAGCUCGGCCUUUAUCUAUUUUUAUGAGCUUUUCUAUGGUGGAGGAUGCAUCGACGGUAAAUCAGGGGGAAGAUAGAUCUGUAUAUUUAUUGGUGUCUUUUUAUGAUGGCCGAUACACUGAUUCAAUCUAUCAAGUUACAUUCAAACAUGGAGGAGUUACUCAUGAACCCCCAGUAGUUGAACUUGAGGAGGAGUUUUAUGACGGUUUUUACGUUCAGGGUGCUAGGAUUUCCAGCCGCUCCAAAUUUUACAUCCUUCUACAGAACGGUUAUAAUAACCCUUUCGAGGGAUACUCUCGGGUACCAUCAGGAUAUAGUAUUGAACCAAAGACUUGGUCAUAUCAUUCAUCUCUUCCUCCUAACAUAACAUCUAAACCACUAGCAACUCUUGUGUCUGCGUAUGACAAGCUUUACUAUAUUGCAUCUCCAGUGUGUUUACCACCAAUUAAGGAGCCCUCCUUCGAGAGAUAUGAUCCUACUCAAAACCGUUGGGAGCGAAUGCCUUCUUUUCCAUUUUAUCAUGAUGAUGGGACCCGUAUGGAAAUAAUUGGUUAUGCCGUUUGUUAUGGUGUUAUUUUGUUUUCAUUGUGGGACUCCGACCUGAAUCCCAAUGUCGUUGCUUUUCAUGAGAGAAUAAACCAAUGGAGUCAAGUGACUUUUGCAUCUCAUGCUCCUUUUCGAGGAAGGGCCGUGGUUGUAGGUGACACUAUCUAUGCCGUACAUGCACUUAUGGUGGAGCAGAUUAUAGCAUUCUCUUUUAAGAUGGACAAAGGUGAACAUGGUCACAUUACAUAUUCCCUAAGCCCAUUGUUUAUAUUGUGUGGCUUGGAAAUCGUGUGUCCGCCAGUGCCAUUGUGUGAACUUAAGACAGGGUAUUUAGUUCAUUUGGGUAACCAUGACUUUUUUCAUGUCAUGACUGGCAGUCCCAAUAGCGAAGCACGUCCCGAGGUUCAAUAUCUUUGUAUCACCAUAUUUCAAAUUGUUGUUAGAGAAGGAGGAAGACCCAUGAUCAAGACCAUACAGUCAACUGUUCAUCCUGUGAAUAUCAAGGGUCGUGAUUGGUUCUUCCUUGAGUUCUGCUUCACGCCUGAGUGCGGGGAUCAUGAACCCAUAGAAGGGGACAUUAUGACUAGUAUGAAUCAGCCAAAACAAGAAGAAACCACUAUGAAUGAACAUGAAACAACUCAGGAUGAGAAUGUUUUGACCUGGGAGGUGGCUCGUAGUGAAUUCCUUGCUCGCCGGUGUCAAAGAAAGAGGCCAAGAAAGAAGCCAAGCUGGAGUAACCGCCAUGUAGUAUGA